AUGGGUGCGCGGGCGGCACUUCGCCCUGCACUACUGCUGAGUGUAUGUGUGUGUCUUGCUUAUCCUCCGAGCCGCUCAAGGGCGGCGGACAGCUUCGUUGUGCCAACCGAUAGAGGGCGGCCGCGACCCCUCGUGCUUGUUGGCAGAGCGGCGGCUCCAGGACUUGGCGCGGAGCUGAAGCAGUUCGUGCCCCCCGACAAGCGUAUACCUGGCCACUCCGUGCUGGCCUUCUUUCGAUCCCUCGGGCUGAUGCUGACAAUGUUCUGCCUCUCAUCCCUGGUUGUUCCGACCAUCUUGGCAGGACUCCCUGUCGUGAAGCGCAAAGAUCCGAAGUCACGCAAGUUCGUGGACCGCGUGAUCUGUGCGUGGAGCCAGUUGACCACGUGGCCUUUCUUUAGUGUCAAGGUGAAGGGACGCGAAAACUUGCUGCCUGAAGAGCAGGCAGUGGUUUAUGUCGCGAACCAUCAGUCUUUCAUGGACAUCUUGUCUUGCUACCACUUGUGGAGAUCUUUCAAGUGGGUUUCAAAGUCAUCCAUCUUGAAGAUCCCCAUUGUCGGAUGGGUCAUGAAGCGAGCUCGUACCAUCACGAUAGAGCGGGAGGACAGAAGGUCCCAAAUGGCGGCAUUCCGGAACUGCGUGAGCUACUUGGAGGAGGGCACGUCCAUUUUCAUUUUUCCAGAGGGUACAAGAAGUCUGGAUGGAGCUCUCCUCGACUUCAAGAAGGGUCCUGUCUCGAUGGCCAAGAGGGCAAAGGUACCUAUAGUCCCAGUGACGAUCCUGGGAACUGGCCGCUUGAUGCCGAGCAAGAAGGAGUUUACCCUGUACCACAAUCGUGCCGGAGUUGAGAUAAUCAUUCAUCCCGCAGUCCCCGCCCAGGAAGUACAAGACGGGCCGGACCGGGACGUUCUACUGAAGCUGCGGCAAACCAUUGAGUCAGCUCUUCCUCUGGAGCUGCAAAAAGGGACAAUUGCGAGUUGA